AUGCUGGUAGAGUUUUGUUCUUUUGCCGUUUGCAGCAGACUUGAUUUGGUGGAUCCCCCCAGGCAAAAACCUACAUAUUCAUCUGGAUUUAAUCUUUUUUUUAUUGGAAUAUAAACCCUUGAUAAGAAUUUUUCUACCCACCCCCACAUUUCAACAGAAUUAUUUAAUCCACUCAAACUUUCCCAAAAGCGGUUUGCGACUUUGGAACAAGCGCUCUUGACGCAAACUUUGUGCCAUGGCAAACUCUUGCCUCCAACUGUGCGGCUUUCUCCUGAGCACCCUGGGCUGGCUCGGGAUUGUGAUUGCCACGUCCACGAACGACUGGGUGACGAUGUGUAAGUAUGGCGUGACCACCUGCAAGAAGAUGGAUGAGCUGCAGUCCAAGGGACCCUGGGAGGAGUGUGUCAUCUCCACAGCACUCUACCACUGUGUCUCCUACACACAGAUCCUGGAGCUGCCAGCCUACAUCCAGACCACUCGAGCCCUAAUGAUCCUGGGGUCUAUCCUGGGUCUCCCUGCGGUGCUUCUCCUUCUCAUGUCUAUGCCUUGCAUCAGCAUUGGAAAUGACAUGCAGAACGCCAAGAACAGACGGGCCAUCCUGGGAGGAGUGCUGAUGGUUGUUGUUGCAUUGUGCGCUUUGGUGCCGACCAUCUGGUUCCCCAUCGGUGCCAACCAAGAGCUCGGCCUCAUGUCUUUCGGCUUCUCCCUCUACGCCGGAUGGGUGGGCACCGUUUUCUGCCUGCUGGGUGGCGUGAUGCUCACGUGCUCGUCGGACUCUUCCACCUCCUCUCCACGCAGCUUCCAGGACAACAAUCACUAUUACUACUCCAAACACGGAGGUGGCAACCUGCCAGCAGCCUCCUCCAACCAUCAUGCCAAAAGUGCCCACGUCUAAGGUUGGAGAUACCGUUGGGUCCCAUGGGGAUUCUUGUACAUAGAGACAUUUGCACAAAAAGCAAACAUUUAUGAGGUCCAUGUUUUACAGUACAAUGCGAAGGAGUAUAGACGCAAAGAACACAGAGAUAGAGCAUUUAAUUACAGUUUGAUUCUUGUUUUUGUCCUGAAGUGCCAAUUUUCCAACCUCCACACAAAGAGGUGUGGUGUGGACUCACCCCACUGUUACAUAAACGUACAAUCUCAUAAUACAAAGGCUUGUUUAAUGAGAUCCCUGAUGAUGGAAUCUCAUCAGGGUCUUUGUCACUGAGUACAAUUUUAAAUCUGUUUAAUAUCUUUGUUUUGAUCAAAUAUGGGUGUGGUUGUGCUAAGUUUUGUUUUUAAGCUAAAUUGUUCUUUUCUUUUUUCUGUACAUGGAUUAUUUGGACAGUAUUACUAACUCCAGAGUGAUGAACAUGAUUAAAACAAUUUAGCACAACGUUCAACUAAACUGAACAUGGACCCUGACGUGAAGCUUCACCAACCAGUGUUUAUAUCUCUGUUAAAGAAUCGGAAUUUACAGAGUAAAUGUUUUUUUGUUUGUUUGUUUUAAUGGUCAACAAAGAGCAAAAAUUAAAUGUCACAUUUUAGAUAUACACUUUAUUCUUUGUUUACUAAUUUUGUUGUUUUAGGUUUAAUGAACAAUUGUUUGACAUAAACACAUGCGGCAUUAAAACAUUUCUUAACCACA